AUGUGGACUCAGCCUUCUCGAUGCAGCUUAACAUCACUCCGAUCGAGUAUACUGGCCUACGAACAAGAAAAUGGGCGAACCUAUCACGCUAUGAGUGCCGGGAAAUACCUGUUUCCCAAUGACGACGCCGAAAUUGAACGAUUAGACCUCCAGCACCACAUCUUCAAGCUAAUGCUAGAUGGCAGGCUGUGUGCCUGUCCCAAGAAUGAAGGCGCUAAAAGGGUGUUGGACUUGGGAGCGGGGACGGGUAUUUGGUGCAUUGACUAUGCGGAUGAGCAUCCCGAGGCCGAGGUCAUUGGUGUGGACCUCAGUCCUAUUCAGCCUGGCUUGGUGCCACCAAACUGCUCGUUCGAGAUGGACGAUCUCGAAAAGGAAUGGACAUGGUCCAAAGACUUUGACUUCAUGAUCUCGCGCAUCCCAAACGGGUGUUUCAGUGAUCCUCCCGGUCUGGUCGAGAAGGCGUUCAACCAACUAGAACCCGGCGGCUACCUCGAAAUUCAAGACAUGGCCUGCCCCAUCGGCUGCGACGACGGCACCCUCCACCCGGACUCCCCGCUCUGGAUCUGGGUAACAACCCUAAUGCAAGCAAUGGAAGCCGCCGGCCGCCCCCCGACAGUAGCCCAGCAGUGGAAGACCAUACUCGAAGAAGCCGGGUUUGUCGACGUCGUUGAGACGGUGCACAAGUGGCCGAUCAACCCGUGGCCGCGCGAUCCCAAGUACAAGACACUGGGGCGGUGGUCGUUGUUGAAUACGGACCAGCUGCUGGAACCGGCGAUUUUGGCGCCGGUGACGCGGUUUUUGGGGUGGAAGCCUGAAGAGGCGAAGGUGUUGGCGGCUAAGGCACGGGCGGUGUUGAAGGAUGUGAGGGUGCAUGCGUAUUGGCCGAUGUAA